AUGGAGUCAGAUGAGGAAAACAGAGUAAGACGGUGCUUUUGGGCUAACUCAAUUUCAAGACGAGCUUACAGCUUUUAUGGAGAUGUAGUUAUCUUUGAUACUACAUACAACAUAAAUCGGAGAUGCACUACCCACAAGAUGAUUAUUACCAACCAAGAUCCUGCUAUGACUAAAACCAUUGCAGAAGCACUCCCACAAACAUUUCAUAGAUAUUGCAGUUGGCACAUUCUUAAUAAAUUUUCUGAGAAGCUAGAAGCGAUUAAAUAUCGGGAUUCCUACCAAGACUUUCAUAGCUGCAUAUGGAAUUCAAGUUGUAGAGAGGAGUUUGACUCAAGAUGGAUUGAAAUUAUUGAGAAGAGUGGGUUGAGUGAUAACAAGUGGCUGGAGUCGAUAUACGAAAUUUGUUCAUCAUGGAUACCAGCAUAUGUCAAUCAUGUUUUCUCAGCUGGAAUGUCAAGUAGUCAAAGAGUAGAGAGUCAACAUUCUUUCUUCAAGAAUUAUGUUUCUAAGUGGAAUUCAUUGGUGGAAUUUAUGGUUCAGUUUAAGAGGGGACUUCUUCACCAACGCCAUUCUGAGUUAGAGGAGGAUCAUAUUAAUAUUGAUGAGAAGGCAAAAACUGUCAUGUCCCUUGACAUAGAAGAUCAUAAGGCCAAGUUUAAGGUUAUGCGAAAGAACAUUGAUACUUGUAAGUCUCGUGAACUCACUUACGAAAAGAAUUCUGAUUUUGCAUCAUGCAGCUGUAGAAAGUUUGACAGUGAAGGACUUCCAUGUCGGCAUGUUUUGGCAUAUUUGAUUAAGAUCCAAGAUGUUGAUAAAUUGCCUAUUCAGUACAUCUUGAAGAGAUGGACUAAAGCUGUAAGACAGAGAGUUGUGAUAGAUUCUUAUGGAAUGGAGAUAAAAGAUAACAAAGCUUUACUUGCAAGGAGGACUAAACUAUUCCAGCAUGCUACAUAUGCAAUUGAUAAGGUUAUGUGGACAAAGUGA